GACAGGACAGCGUCUGAAGCCGCUCCGGGAGCGAACUCCGAGCCCGCGGCGCAAACUCGAGGAACUGCAGCAAUUCACAAAACAGUGUCAGGAUUUAUUCCGAAGAAACCGACCUUUUCUUUGCUUUUGUUUAUUUGGAAAUCUUCAGUCGAAAAACUGCGGAAAGUGCAGUUGGAGAAACCCGUGAACUGUGACUCAGUCCCGAGGACACGACGGCUUUCCUGAGAAAGUCUUCAUGUGAUCGGGAAAGAAAGUCCUGGAGCUGAUUCAGGGGGUGAAUGGCCUCAGAGAGGAGAGUGUCUCCAGUCCUGUCUGUCUGUCCAUGUGGCGAUGUUGGUGUUGGGAGGAUCUAGAGGUUGAUCCUGGAGACCAUACACAGAAUGCUGUAAGAAUUGUAAGCACACCGAGGAGUGGAUAAUUGGAGGUGAAGUGACAGAGUGUUGAGAGCAAGAAAAGCACCCAUGUGUUUGCUGAGUUCUGGAGCCAUUGAGUUGAGACUGUCUCGUUCCAACAGCAGAGCCGGGGUUUGCUAGCCACCUCCAGAAUGAGGGACCACGACAUCCAGAACAUGAGUAAAUGGCUAAUUGUGCUCAGUGUGUGUCUGAUAACCAUAUGGGGAAGAAUUACAUUGGCCUCAAACCAUCACAGAGGCCAUUCAGUUCACGUGAAGGCUGGAACGUGUGAGGUCAUUGCUGCACACAGAUGCUGCAAUCAGAACAAGAUUGAGGAGCGGUCCCAGACAGUGAAGUGCUCGUGUUUUCCUGGGCAGGUGGCAGGGACCACACAAGCUGCCCCCUCUUGUGUGGAUGCCUAUAUUGUUCUUCAGAAGUGGUGGUGCCAGAUGCAGCCUUGUUUGGGGGACGAGGAGUGCAAGGUUCUGCCCGACCUGACCGGGUGGAGCUGUAGCACCGGAAACAAAGUAAAAACAACCAAGGUGACUCGAUAGCCUUUCAGGAAUAAAAGAAGCAUUUUGUUUACCCGCAAAGUUGAAAAGUGCUGAUCUUUCUGCCCCGCCAGGCACACCAGGACGAGUCACCUUCCCCACAGUGAUGUCGGAACCAGAAUUACUUCAGGAUUUGUGGAAGCAUUAGCCAGGAUUUUAAAAGCAGAAACUUCAGCAUCAUAUGCACCGCAAGAGCCCAGUGAGGUCAUUUUGAGUGGCUCUGACACUAAAUCGGCAGCUUCUGUUUUACCUGCACUGAACUGGCAUUGCCAAAGCUCAUUUCCCAACUCCAGCUCAAACCUCGGUUUACAAAGAUGCAAAGCUAAGUCUGUGGUUCAAAAAUUAACACAAUAAUUAAAAAAUGCAGACAGAGGCUGAUGGCCACUUUCACAGAAAACAGAGCUGUUUACUUUGCAUCCUUUCACGUACUUAGAGCAGCUAACAUUAACAAUGUGGAGUGUGGCUGCCUGUUCAAAUGGAGGGAAAAGCCAUCGACCGAAAGCUUGGUCUUGAGCUACAUGGAGCUGGUGUGACAGGCAGAGAGCGACCACAUCACAAAAAACGACAGUUGUUCUUGGAACUCAUUGAAAUCUCAUUUUCAUUUAUAAUCUGACACCAACUGCACAGAGCGGGUGCUGAUGAUUUUAUCUAACCAGCAGACCCCGGUUUGCUGCUGUUAAAGUGACCAUCACCUUCGCCCCUCCUCAGUUGCUGGUUAUUGGCAGGAAUCUCUCUCGUUAUGUGCACGGGGCCGGAUGGUGGCUUGUCUCCACUGGAGAAACCAAGAGGCUGGCCCCUGGCUGUCAGGACAACUCGUAUUUAGAGAUAGAAUGAUCUGUAGCUGUGAGAAUAUGUUAAUUACUUCAAAAGUAUGUUUUUCUGAAUAAAACUAAGUGAGCUGUU